CAGAGGAGCGGGCGUAUUGCAGUCAUCUUCGGAGCUGCAGCGGUGUACAGCAGACACAGUGUCCGGCUCAUAGAGUCACAGUUCCUCGGGCGUCAGAAAGCGUUCAUCCCUCCUCCCGUGCACAGUCCCCGGCAUCGUGGACCCGGGUUCUCCUUGAAUGACCUACACACCGCCCUAAAGAACGCGCAGUGGUCCCAUUGGCACCUGGACAGCAGCCGGUUCGGAGCGCUCUGCUGCAAAACACAGCAGCUGACGGAGCCAAGCAAAGCGAGUCCCAUGCAGGCUUCUGGCCGACCUCAGAGCGGCUGACCCGGGCGACAAAAACCGCAAAGCAGGACGCGCUGCGGCCGGAGGAGCGAGCUGGAAGUUUACGGGGAAGAGUUUAGAGGUGGUCACCGGGGAAGAGGCGCACUCUGAAGGGUUCAUUACUGCUUCCUGACAUCACAUGAUGUACACAAUCACCAGGGGUCCCAGCAAACUUGUUACACAACGGAGGACAGGUCCCACACAGCAGGUCGAGAGCAAGUUCAGCGACUUGAAGCUGAAGCCCACCUCUUGGCUCGCCUCAAACUCUCCGCCUCCGAAGAUCGUCUUCAAUCGGCUCAACGGGAAGCGCCACCACGGGACGGCCCCGCAGAAGAGCCAGAGCCCGGCCGCAGAGGGAUUCACCCCUGCGCACGAGGAGAACGUCAGAUUCGUCUACGAAGUAUGGCAGGAAGUGGAGCAGAAGCUGGAAGACCGAGGGGAGUCAGCUGACAGCAAGGGGCCAGUUCAGUAUGCAGAGAAGACCCCCGGCACUGUGAUGAAGAACUUUGUGCCUAUAGACCUGGAGGAGUGGUGGGCUCAGCGCUUCCUCGCCAACAUCGCCAACCUGUCGUAACCAUACGAAAAUGAAGCAAGCCCGCACCGGCGCCGACCGCGAGGUGACCGGAGACGAGCCCGUCUCCCUGGGGCCGCGGUGCUGUGUGUAUUUUUUUCGGAAUCUGAUUUUAAAGCACCGUGCUUUACGCUGCUGUAGAGGAACCUGGGUGUGCAAUAUAAACUUGUCCCCUCCAAUCCCUGAGCGGAGCAGCGGCGACCUGAAUGUGGACUCUUGACAGAACUGACCUCAUGUUGUGCUGCAUUAAGGGACACCUCUCUGUACUUGAACAAUGUAUGAGAAGCUGGGAGAUUUUUCUUGUCUUUAAACACGCACAGCUCUGGGUACGUUUUGGGUGUUUGGAUGUUAAGCUUGAAAAAGUAAAAAAAAAAAAAACAUUUUCAAAA